ACCAGGUUGUUUACAGCUUUCUAACGCUCAAUUCCAUGAUUGCAUAGCCAAUCGCAGCAUUGAGUAAGGUGGUGUACCGUCUCUUGCAACUGGCUGUACGUAUGUCUCAGGGCUUCUAGUUGGACCAAUUCGGAAAAUUCGCAACUGAUAGAUCAUAGCAACAUCGAGUACCAGCCAUUCUCUCCACUUCUGUCCACUCAAGCCGUUAAGGUUGGUGUGACUCCUUAUCUGAUGCUCUAAAGUCGACUGACUCACGACUUUGAUCGACAUAUCAACUGAGGGCCCGCUCCAGAAUAGAGGUGAUUCCGCGAGUUCGCUAUCUGGGCCGAUCAGAGACAUAAUUGGCACUUGAGGCCUGAAAGCUAACCAAGAUUGGGCCGUCCUGCCAAAAAUUUCAUAUCGGCCACUCAUUCAUACAUUGCUCCUCACCGCCGCGAUGCCGCCGUUCGCUUUCCGCACCCUCAGAUUAGCCAUGAAUCACAUCCAGACUCGCCCGCUCUCUAGCGCCUCCGGGCCGAGGCAUCUGCUGUCCAUUGGCGAUCUGAGUCCAGCCGAAUUCACCAGACUCGUUCUCAAUGCCUCUUCUCACAAGGCCGCCGUCAAGGCCGCUUUCGGCGCAAACCAAGUGCCGCCGAAACCGCUGCACGGUGCCCUGACAGGCAAGACGGUGGCUAUGAUGUUCAGCAAGCGCAGCACCAGGACCCGCGUGUCAACGGAAGCAGCAGUACAAUUAAUGGGUGGCCAUCCAAUGUUCCUGGGCAAGGAUGAUAUCCAACUUGGCGUCAAUGAGUCUCUCUACGACACGUCCGUAGUCAUCUCCUCAAUGACUUCGUGCAUGGUCGCCCGUGUAGGCGCACACCAGGAGGUCGCCGACCUGGCCGCACACUCCUCUGUGCCCGUCAUCAAUGCCCUGUCGAGCGACUUCCAUCCACUCCAAACCAUUGCCGACUUCCAGACCAUCCACGAGAACUUCCCGGCUCGGACGCCGAGCGAGUCCAGUCUGGGUCUUGAAGGGCUCAAAGUGGCGUGGGUUGGGGAUUCCAACAACGUGCUCUUCGACCUCGCCAUCGGCUGCGUCAAGAUGGGCGUCGACAUCGCGGUUGCUUCGCCCGAAGGCUACGGCAUUCCCGAGUCCAUGAGGAAGUUGAUCCUUGGGGCGGCAACGGGCGCUGCUAAGCCUGGCAAGCUGAUUGAGACGACGGUACCCGAGGAGGCCGUCAAGGACGCCGACAUACUCGUUACCGACACGUGGGUGUCUAUGGGCCAGGAGGCGGAGAAGCAGAAGCGGUUGAAGGCGUUUGCCGGCUACCAGAUUACGAACGAGCUGGCUAAGCGGGGCGGGGCGAAGCCGGACUGGAAGUUCAUGCACUGCCUGCCUAGGCACCCCGAGGAAGUCGAUGAUGAGGUCUUUUACGGCCCGCGAUCCCUCGUCUUCCCGGAGGCCGAGAACAGGCUCUGGGCUGCUGUUGCUGCUCUAGAGGCGUUCGUGGUCAACAAGGGCAAGAUUCUAUGAUGCGGAUUGGCUAUUGCUUCUUUGGCGACAUAAUGCGUCAGCAUACAAGCAGGCGUGCUUUAGGCGUAGGCACUCAAAAGUUCAGAUACCAACCGCAAAUACGAACACAAAUACCAACAAAUAUAAUUGAUGAAGUCGGAUAAUUGA